CGCGUGCCAGCGUCGCAGAUGGGGGAACGCGCAUUUUAAACGGCCUGGUUGCUUCUUUUUCAGACCCGCCUAUAAUAAUAAAACAGUCUCAAGUGUUAUAUUUGCGUUUUUUUUUUUUACAUUUUCGAGCAACUGUCGGUGUAAAAGCCUUGUCAUCCCCCAGCAAGCUAAGAAGCCAGGACAUAAAUGCAUGAAGCAUGAUAUAGCCGGACACGAGGUAGAAAGCCUUUCUGAAAGGUCAACUGUGGUGCCUCACUGGUAGAGCCAUCUGUUGUAAACAUUAUCGUACAUGGCGAAGCCCCAGCCACAGGCCGGAGACCGCCUGGCCUCCCCAGACGGAGGAUGGGGUUGGGUGGUGGUGGGGGCUCUGUUCAUGGCCUCGGCCCUGGUGUUCGGCCUGCUCAGGAGUCUGGGUGUCUUCUUUGUGGAGUUUGUGCAGUACUUUGAUAAGAGCGCCCAGGCCGUGUCCUGGAUAACCUCCAUCGCAGUGGCCAUCCAGCAACUAAUCAGUCCAGUGGGCACAGCGCUGUGUCAUGCGUACGGGGCACGGCCAGUGGUGAUGACGGGUGGCUUUCUGUCUGCCUUGGGCCUCAUUCUGGCCUCUCAGGCAACCUCCCUCACACAUCUUUACCUCACAAUGGGCCUCAUCACAGGUUCGGGCUGGGCUCUGGUCUUCGCCCCCACUGUGGCGUCGGUCAUGCAGUACUUCACCCGCCGACGCUCCCUGGCUAUGGCGCUGGGCUUCACGGGAGUGGGCCUGUCCUCGUUCGCCUUCUCUCCCUUCUUCCAGCUGCUGGUGAAGCUGUACGCCUGGAGGGGGGCGCUGCUGAUCCUGGGGGGCCUCAGCCUCAACCUGAUGAUCUGUGGGGCCCUCAUCCGGCCCCUGCCUGCCCCUAAAGCCUUGGAGCAGAAGAUUGACAAAGAAAAGAAGAAAGCCUCAUGUAGCUCCUUCCUCAAGCGACUGUUCAUCUACCUCGAGCUCUCGCUGCUGGGCGAGAAGGCCUUCCUGACCUACGGCUUGGCCGUCACCCUGUUCAACUCCGGCUACUUCGUGCCUUACGUCCACCUGGUGGCCCACAGCCGGCACGUGGGCUUCUCCGAGUACCAGGCGGCCUUCAUCAUUUCGGCCACGGGCGUGACGGACCUGGUGGGGCGUGUGGUGUCGGGCUGGCUGUCGGACCUGCGCCGGCUGCGGCUGCUCCACGUGCUGUGCUUGUGGACCGGGCUGACCGGGGUCUUCAUGGUGCUGCUGCCCAUGGGCUCUAUCCAGGGCUCCUACACGGGUCUGCUGGUGAUCAGCCUGGCCUACGGCUUUUGCGCUGGGGCCAUGACGCCGCUGGUCUUCUCCGCGGUGCCCGACAUCGUCGGGAUGCAGCGGAUGCUGGGCGCCCUGGGUCUGCUGCAGCUCAUUGAGAGCCUUGGGGGGCUGCUGGGACCGCCGCUGUCAGGGUGGCUGAAGGACCAGACGGGCAGCUACACUGCCUCCUUCCUGGUGGCGGGGGGGUUCAUCCUGGCAGGGACCCUGGUGUUGGCAACCUUGCCGAACUUCUGCUCCUGCAGCCCUCCCCCGUCCCCGAAGAACCAGAACCACGGCCAGAACAAAAGCCCCGAGUGUGGGCUGCAGUACAAUGCCAUCCUCUCUCCAUCCCCAUCUGAGACACAACCCAGAACAGAACUGUUGACCCCCUCCCAGCCCAGUCUGCAGGACCUUCAGAACUGCCAACCGGAUCCACAGCUUUCAUCUCUGAGCACGCCCACAGCUGACCCGACGGUGCUGUGAAACUCUUGGCAUGGAGAGGCCAAUGGCUGUAGUGGUGAGGUUCAGAACCUGUUUCCUUUCUUAGAAACAAAUGAGCAAAUAAAUGUCAACGGGCAGCAGCAAGCCAGCUACCAACAGCAGCCACCCAAAUAUCUCAGAAUCACUAUGUGGGUGGUGUUACAUGCUGUGAUCUUGUUUUUUAAAAAUCGCACAGUUUUGAAGACUUUGUAGAGAGACCAGCAUUACAACUUUAUGAAAAAAAGAGAAUGAAUUUGAAAGAUGAGUUUGUUUGAAAGCUCAGAGAAGUAGAGAUAAGGAAAAUAUUUCACUCUCACCACAGCAAUCCAGUAGCCCCCUCCAGUACCCCUUACUGAGAGAAGGCUUGUUUCCUGUAGCCUGAUAUACAUUUGCUUUUAAAUAUUGAUUUGAUUGAUGGAUUAUUAGUCCUGAGGAAUAAUAACGUAUAAUCAGUGUCAUAAAAGGGAUGUUAUGAUAUAGCACAAGAUCAAUUCAUUGCUGUAAUGCACAACUUUAUUUGCACCAUAUUAGAAUAUCUUUCUACCAUACCAUCUCAGGUUCAUCAACGCAAUGUGUUAAGAUAUCACAUUAUUUGUUCCAUAAUAAUAUAUAAGCUGAAUUCUCAAGUAUGUGCUUAAUAUCUGUGUCAUCCUGAAAUUUGUGUUAAAAUUGAUCAGCUCCUGAUAAAACAUCUCAGCAUAUCACAGGUGAGUGUGAUUUAUGAUUUAGAUUUCUAAUCAGUGGACCAACAAAAGUUACAUUACUAUUGUUUAUGUUUUUAGUAUUCUUGAACAAAAUCACAUUAUUCUUACUGAACAAAGUGCAUUCAGGUCUUGCAUGUCCAUGGCAACUUUGUUAGCAUAUUUCUUAUCAAAAUGUUAUUGCACUAAAUGUUAAGAUCAUUCACCUCAAAUAUAAAUUAUUGUAUAUUGAUAAUUGAAGCAACAUAGCGCAACAAAUGAAAAAUAGGAUGCAAAGCUGCUUCUACAUCCAGUCAAGUAAUCAAUGUGCAAUAAUCACAUGGUCAGCAGUGGAGGGCAGCCAUCACUAACACAGAGGAAGAUGUAGAACAGGGGAUUACUGUUGUCUCAGAGCUGAGUGCCUUACUUUUAAUAUCACAGAAAUAUAUGCCAAACAUGGUUCUGCCAUGCCAAGAUACAGUAUUAAGUAGCGGAGAGCGUCUUCACGUUAUUUUUAUGUGUGCUUAUGUACAUUGAUGUACUUUUUUGGUUUUCACUGUUCCUAAGUAUGUUUUACCUUGCUAGUUGUUCUCUAUUAGCUAAAUAUUAAAAGUACUUGUAUCAAACUGC